ACUGAAAGAAGGAGGUGGGUAUGUUCCUGCACCUUCUUCUCCAUUCACCAUAUCUUUCAUGAUUGAUCCAACCACCACUUGCUGAAGACUUACUUGGAGGCGGGUACUCUUUUAGGCCUUGGGGCAUAGAAGUGAGCACAAUAGACAAGGUCCCUGCUGGGUGGGGAGGUACAUAGAAAGACAAGAAGCAAGUAAACAAGAUAAGUAAAAUAAUUUCAGGCAGUGAUAUGUGCUAUGAAGAAAAUAUAAUAGGGUUUUGCCUUAGAGGGUGACAGGGCCAGGGUGAGGAAGGGGCAGGGAGUGGUGCUGCUUCUGACCAGAAGUCAGAGACAGUUUCUCUGAGGAGAUGACGUUUGGGCUGAGACUUGAGUGAUGAGAAGGAGCCAGCCAUGCAGUCAUUCAACCAAUCAAUAUCAACUGCCUGCUGUGUGCCAGGCACUGUCACAGGAUCUGGAGACCACUGUUGUAAAUAAGAUAUCAGGAAAAAACCUCUCAAAUGAGAUAGUGUCUGAGUAGAGACAUGAAUGAAGUAAGGGAGCUAACUAAGUGAGGUAAGAAUGUCUGAGGCAGAGGGAAGCACAAGUGCAAAGGCACUGAGACAGGAGCUUCUAUCCUCAACCCCAAGGCUUCAAGGAGGGAGACAGGUGUGACUAAAAGGCAGUGGGCAAGGAAGAGAGUGACAGGAAAGGAAUUGGGAGAAGUAGCCAGAAGUCAGGUUUUGGGGGGAUGAAGGUAGGGACUUUGGAUUUUAACUUCAAUAUUAGGGGAUUCAUCUGAUCAAUCAUUUUGAACCAGGGGAGUAGGGUGAUCUGAUUUACAUUUCUAAAUGUAAUGUAACAGUUGCUGUGUGGAGGACUGAGUGUCCUCAGAAGGGGCCAGAGCAGAAGCAGGAGGUGAGAGCCCAGUUAGGAGGGCUUGCAGCAGGCCAGGAGCAAGAUGACAGUGGCUUGGAGUCUGGGUGGUCCUGAUGGAGGUGUAAGAAGUGGCCGCAUUCAGAGAAACAUUUGAAAGAAGAUCUGGAGGAAGGACGUUACAUGUGGAGGAGAUAGCACAUGCAAAAACCUUGAGGGGAGCAGAUCAUAGAAAUCUGGCUUUUCGAUUACAUUCAAUUUGCCUCUGUCCUUUUUAGCUUAACUGCUGUUUUUUUGUCCUAUAUUAGAGCUUCUCAAAGGACAGGAUUUAGAGGGCCCAGCAAUACUGCAUGCAGUUAGGUGUUUAAUUUUUGUUUUUGUUUCUGUUUUUAAAAAGGAGGGGAAUUGAAGAAGUGAAAAAACUGAAUAGGAAAAAAAAGAAUAGGAAAAAACAUCCUUUUCAGAUUUAUGACUCCCUUCCAAGCUCACAGACUCUUGUGAGAACCACAGCUGCUGGCCCGAGAGCAGAAGUACCUUCCCUUCACUCCAUUCCCCAAUAGCGGAGAGAGUGGGAGGCUCUAGAAUCCGGAAUUCUUGUCCACGUCACUUGUUAAAUACGCCUCGUGCCCAGGCUCUACAGUUACAUCAGACUCUCUGGAGAUGGACCUGGUCCUUGGCUUUUUUGUUUGUUUGUUUGUUGGUUUGUUUUUCUUUUGCUUUGUUUUCAUUCCCCAGGUGAUUCUAAUGUGCAGACAGAGCUGAGAACCUCUGGGCUGUAGCAUACGGCAUCCUCCGCAAAAAGGGUUUGAAAGCAGUCACCCUCUCUGCUAAGGGAAGACAUAAUGGCUAUCUGUCUGGUCUCUAGACACUGUCCUGACAGGAGACUGUUGAGCUGAUGUCUGAGAGAUUUUGUUUGUUCCUUUUAAAAUUUCAGAUCUUUCUUAGUGUCACAGCUGACCUGAACUGUGACCUCUUCUCUAAAGAGCAGAGGGAACACAUAACCACCAUCUGCCCCAACAUCAAAAAGAUGGAAGGGCACAAUGGAAUUGAGAAGGUGUGUGGUACCUUCGGAGAUAUUGAAAAAAUACAUCACUUCUUGAAUAAGCAACUCCGGGAAAGGGGGCAGAAACAUGAAUCUUCCUCUUUGACAACAGAGAAGGAGUCAGUCCAUCAGCACCAGAACGGCUGCCCUUAUUCCCCUGAACCAAAAAACAGGGCAGAAGAAAGAAGUGGCCAUUUUGAAAUUCCCUUGCCUUUCUUUGAAUACUUCCAAUUUAUCUAUCCUGAUAAAAUGGACUCAAUACAGAACAGAUUUGGUGUAAAAAUAAUAAUCCAGCAGAGUUCGAACAUAGUCUAUUUAGACUUCACCUCGAAUCAACCAGGUGACCUCAGAGCAGCUCAGGAGUUUUUUGUCAGUGAAUUUCAGAAAACUGUAGGACUUCUGGAGCAACAAUGUGUUGCUUUCGCAGACAGUAAGCAGGCAAAUAAAAUCAAACAGGAAUUGAAUCAUCGGUUUACAAAGCUCCUUAUAAAGGAGAAAGGAGGAGAAUUAACUCUCCUUGGGACCCAAGAUGACAUUUCAGCUGCCAGAUAUUUUUUUGCUCUGAAAGACUCUGAAAGUCUUGUCAUGGGACCUGUGAAAAUAUCAACCCCCAGAUGCAUGAUGAAUGGAAUUGAAGUUGAUACUUUUCAGUAUAAGCUUUUAGAAGCUGAAAUACUCCAGGAGAUACCAAAGAUAGAAAAAAAGUAUGACACUCAAUGUAAGGUUUCAGGAAACACUGAGAAAACCUGCAUCCUAUUUGAACCUAAGGACAAGGAAUUAGAUCUGUCUGCCCAUGCUUAUGCAAGUUUCAUUGAUGUCUGUCAACAUGUGUCAUGUCAAGUGAUGACAGAAGUUCUUUCGCUGAAACCUUUGGGCAAAGAGAGAAUGCACUUACAUGGGACCAAGUUUGCUGAUGGCUUUAGGAAAAAGCAUCCAAAUGUACACUUUGUACUGAAUCAAGAGUCAGUGACUUUGAUUGGAUUGCCAGAUCACCUUGCAAAGGCAAAGCAGUCUAUCUUUAAAAAAGUGGGGAUGUCCCCAUUAGCUGGAGACAAAUGGAAUGAGGACCAUGAAACAUCCAUGGACAUUGACAGUAAUGAUUCAAAAACAGCUUCACCCACAUUCCAGCACUCUGCCGGUUCUGGGGCGUCAGGCAUGGACAAGGAAGAGGACAUAUGUAGCAUCUGCAUGGACAUGAUUAGUAACAAAGAAGUGCUACCCAAGUGCAAGCACGCAUUCUGCUCCCCUUGUAUCAACAAAGCCAUGUCCUAUAAACCGGUCUGUCCUGUGUGCCAGACUUCCUAUGGUAUCCAGAAAGGCAAUCAGCCAGAGGGAACCAUGACUGUCACUGUCCUAGAAGACUCACUUCCAGGUUAUGAAUCCUGUGGCUCCAUUGUGAUUAAUUAUAACAUGAAAGGAGGCAUUCAAACAGAAAAGCACCCAAACCCAGGAAAGGCAUACUCUGGAAUACAACGAACAGCAUACCUGCCCAAUAAUGAGGAAGGAACCGAAGUUUUGAGACUGCUUCGUAGGGCCUUUAACCAAAAGCUGAUUUUUACGGUGGGGGAGUCUCGAGUAUUAGGAAUCUCAGAUGUCAUUACAUGGAAUGACAUCCACCACAAAACAUCCCGUUUUGGGGGCCCGCAAAAGUUUGGCUACCCUGAUCCUGGUUAUUUGAAACGUGUUAAACGAGAGCUGAAAGAUAAAGGAAUUGAGUAAGAAAACUGCUGGAAGGAUGUCUUGAGCCAAGCUUUCACAAGACACAGUUGAAGAAACAUCUUUAAAUGUUUUUUCAUCUCAAGAAGUGGUCUGUUUAGAAGUAAGAAUCUACUAGUCUGUCAUUUCUGGAGUGUUACUUUUUAUGGAAGAUAAAAGUUCCAGGGGCGCCUGGGCGGCUCAGUUGGUUGAGCAUCCAACUUCUGCUCAGGUUGUGAUCUCACAGUUCAUGAGCUCCAGCCCCACACUGGGCUCUCUGUUGUCAGCAUGGAGCCCACUUCAGAUCCUCUCCGCCCCACCCCCGUCCCUCCCCUGUACUUUCUUUCUCUCUCAAAAAUAAACAUUAAAAAAAUUAAAAAUUAAAGAAAGCUCCAAAAUCAAUGUGAUUUUGCUGCAGAGGUGUUGUGCCUCAUUCUUGUGUCUUCUUUGGGGAGUAGGGAGUGGAGUACUGGGGGUCUGAAAUAAUCUGUGUUCUUUAGUUGAAAUAGUAGCUGUCAAUUGAUCCUCUUUCUACUGCUGUCUCUGACAUAGCCUUUUGGGGUUUUUUUGUUGUUUGUUUGUUUUCUCUUUACCCUAAAAGUAAAAUCCUAGUAUGAGUGGCAGAGGAAAGGGCUUUGGCUAUGGAAAAUUAGAGACACACAUUUUCCUCCCUCCCUCAUGGCCAAAAAAGUGGCCAGAAGCAGAGAUUGGGCAACAAAGGAAUAAGUCUAUUAUUUUUCACAGUACAGAGCCUGGUAUGCAGUUGGUGCCUCAUAAUGCUUUGCUGCCUGACUCAGGUUACUAAUAACCCAGCAGAGGGUUAUAUGCUCCCUGAAUCUUUGACAGAGGCAGGAGUAAGGAAGCCAUAUCUGGAGACCUUACUACUGAUGUGGAAAACUGAGUUUCUUUAGUCCAGAACACUUAACCUCUAAACUCUGAACUCUGACCAGUCCUCUAACUUGGUCCUUGUUCCUUCCUGAGUUUAAUAAUCUGCCAUAUGGGGUGCAUUUGUCCUGUCGUACUAAUGCUACACGUUUCUGAACAUUUUUUCCUCUGGAUAUCACUAUACUUUUUAAGUAUACCCUGCUUCCAGAUAAAUAACCUUUCCUUAGUUUCCACAGACUAUCAUUUUCUCAGUUACGUAGCCCCCAUAAUAGGUUUUCCAUUCUUUUACUAAGUCCCACCAAGUCCUGUUUUCUUCCUUAAAAUCUCUCUCCCUGGUACUAUCUCUGGACAGAGACAAAGCAAGUUGAGCCUGCUAUUAAUAUAUGACAUGUCAAAAUGCACUUUUAAAUGGUUUUCCAAGUCAGAAGAAAAUUAUACUAGCACAUUAUCUGGUUAUCCAUGUCCCAGCCCCUCUCCAAAAAAGAUGAAGUCUUUUUCUUUUCCUAAAGAUACACAUACACACACAUAUACAUUUUUUAUAAUCAGAUGGUAAUAGCUUAGCUAAUAUUUAUUAUAGAUUUAUUUUAUCCUCUUUUUAAGGGCUUUAUACCUGGGACGAAUACUAUUACUAUCCCCAUUUUAUAACUGAGAAAACUGAUGCAUAGAGAGGAUAAGUACUUUGACAAAGGUCACAUCGUUUAUAAGUAGAAGUUCUGGGAUUUGAAGAAGGUAGUCUGGCACCAAGGCUUCUGCACCCCAGAGCUACCCUGCUCCAACUGGGCAAGCUGAGGAGUCCCAUGAUUCUGGGCUUCUCUCAGAAGUGGAUUCCUGCACAGUGCCCAAAGAAGAUUUCCUCCAAGGAGGUCCUAUAUGAAGAACUUAAAAACCCAGAAUCUUUUCCUUUGUCCAGAGAGUUAAGGGAUAGGUCUUUUUAAAAAAAUCAUAUUAUACAUUUAGUUUUUGAUGAUUCAAGUUUUUACUAUUAGGAUUGUUUUGUGUCUACAGAUCUUUUGGCUAAAUUUGCUUCAAAAAAGCAAAAGUUUGCUUCCUGCUAAGUUCUGGAUCUUUGACUGCAAUGUGUGCUCAAAGGCAAGUUUCAUGGUGCCAGCGGUUGGAGAGCCUUUGGAUUACCGCUCUUGUUCUGUGACGGUAUUAUCAUCUGUAUCUGCUUCAUUAUUUUUUUGUAUCUGCUUUAAAUAAAGUUAUAUACGGGG